AUGUCUUCCACAACCUUUCUGACGGCGUCCAUGCUGGGCACAUGUCUCUUCCUCGAUUGCGAUUGCGAGUCCUUCCUGGACUUCUCCGAGGAUAUGGGUGCUAUUCCGAAGAAUCGCAAGUGCGGAUACUGCAGCCAUAUGGCAGUCUACCACCGCAAGCGGGAUGGACUAGGACGACAGCAACAACAGCAAGGCGGGAGCACCACCGAAAGAUCCUCUACCACUUCUGCUGCUCCACAACCACAGGCGCAAGACCCCAAGUCCUCUACCUCAUCUGCUCAAGAGGGCCGUGCAAGCGCAACCGCGGUGAGCAUGAGACAGGCACGAGCAGGUCAGAAGCCUAGUACCCCGGAAGCAUUCUUUCAUGCAGCAAAGAGGCGCUCCGAGCGCGAGUCUGCUAAGUCCACAUCGGCGAGCCAUACAGCCACUCCUUCCUUUGCACCACCGCCCGCACCAGUGCAAUCGCCAUCACCACCGCCAGUGACAACGCCGCAGCCGCCACAGCCUACACCGACAGCCAAUGCGCCACAAUCAGCCCCUACGCCAGAACCAGGAACUCCACGCUUCAACUAG